AUGUACUACCACUUCUCCCUCCUAUGCGCCUUCCGCCCCUUCCUCGGCCACACCCUCGACAACACGGGCAUCCAGCCCCUCGAGGUGUGCACGCAAGCGGCCAAGUCCAUCCUUUCCCUCACCCAGUCCUAUGACGACCUCUUCACCCUACGCCGCGUUUCCGGGUUCAUGCCGUACUUUAUCACGGCGGCGGCGCUAUUUAGUAUUUCGGUGGAGGGUGGUGGUGGUGGUAGUGUUGGUGUGGUGGGUGAUGGUGUUGGUGGUGUGGUGGAUGGUGGUUAUCGCUUGGCGGGCGAUGGUAUGGUGGAUGGGGAUGGGGGUGAGAGGAAGGAUGGGGAUGUGGAGAUGGGGGAGGCGGGUGAGAUCAAUGGGUUCGGGGGGAAGGAGGAGGAGGGGAGGUUACUCGUCGUCCCUAAGAGUUCGACGACGCCUUCGACUGGUGCGGGAGACGGUGAUGCCCAGCGCGUCGGGUUUCUCCGUCUGCUACGAGCUCCAUCUCGCAGGCCUAUGUGA